GGUUAUUAGCCUUCUGAAACCAGGAUGAAUCCAUCCACUAACCCCUCCUGUCAGUGCACCUAUGAUGGUGGCGUUACACCCUCUUGUGUCCUGGUUACAAGGUUGAUUCUCUCAACCGACUAAUAAUAUCCGACACUUUUGCUCCAAGAUGACUUCUGCUACCGUGCUUUCGGGUCGUUCCUUAGCUCAUGAUAUAUGCCAACGUAUCAAGGCAGGUGUAGCUAUUUUGAAGUCAGAAUUCAACAUUUCACCAAAGCUCUCCGUUAUUGAGGUAGGGAAGCGACGAGAUUCAACUAUAUACGUGAAGCGUAAGCGCUGGUUUGCCCUCCAAUGUGGUGUCGAACUCUCACAUAUCCGGCUUCCUUCUUCUUCUUCAACGAAUGCCAUUCUUAAAACCAUCCAACUAUUGAACAAUGACCCCAAUGUCCAUGGAAUCGCCUUGCAACUUCCUCUCGACUCGGAUCACGAUUUCGAUGUCGUUUAUCCGCUGCACACCAUUUCCACAGAAAAGGAUGUUGAGGGGCUAGGAGCUGUGAAUACUGCACUAGUUAGCCGGGAAAUUUCCCUUUUAUCUUCCCGAUCCAUUCGUCUACAUAUCCCAUGCACCGCUGCUGCUUGUCUCGCCCUUGUUCGCUCCAUCAAUUUCCCGCUUAAAGGAACUCAUUGUGUGGUGGUUGGACGGGGGCGACUUGUUGGCGCUCCGACAGCCGAUUUGUUGUCCGGACUAGGCGGCGCUACAGUUACUCUGUGUCAUAUCUACUCCCGUAAUUUACCUGAUGAGGUGUCUCGCGCCGACUUGGUCGUGUCUGCAACCGGUUCACCUGGGCUCAUAAGAGGUGCCUGGAUCAAGCCUGGCGCUGUGGUUUUGGACUGCGGCUACUCAGUGGUUCAAGAUUCCAUUGCCCCGUCGAAGUUGCGCUCUGUUGGCGACGUCCGGUUUGAUGAAGCAAUUGAACGGGCCGGUUGGAUCACACCUGUCCCUGGUGGCGUCGGACCCUUGAGUGUGGCUAUGUUGUUUCUCAACACCCUGAAUAGUGCCAGAUGGGCAGUGGGAUUGGAGGGAGUUGACACCGACCUCAUUGACCCUCCGGCUG